AUGGCGGCUCUCCAUGAUCGGAUGAACCAAAUGAUCAGCGCUCUCUAUGCCUCUUCUCCGCUGUUAUCAAAGGUGCAGCCGCCUACAACCAGCCCCCCAACUGAUGAGACUCCACCAUCUACAGAGUACACCACAGCACCACCAACGACUACAUACGACCCUUCUUCGUACCUUUACCCCCAAUUGAUAUUCGUGUCCUCUUCUCCUCCAGCUGCUCCCAGUCCUCCAAUACCUUCCAUUCCAGCUCCAGCUCCACGGUACACAUAUGAAGCUAGUCCACCCGCUGAAUAUACUCCAAGUCCGCCACAACCUCCUCGGCCUUUACCAUAUGGUUAUGAUUAUCAGUACCCAGCAUACGCCCCUCCUACGUACCCCCCGCCGUGUACUCCGUAUCCCUACCCUUACCCGACGCAGCAUGAGCAGCCUCCUGCAUACAAACCGUAUCCUGCACCAGCCCCAUCAUCAACCGCUUACAAACCGUAUCCCCCACCGCCCACACCACCAGUUGCUUAUCCGCCCGCUCCCUACCCAGUAGCUGCUCCAUAUCCACCCGCACCCAGUUACUACCCAGCUCCACCACCUUGUCCUCCUUCAUAUCCCCCUCCUCCUGCGUAUCCAGCUCCCCCGACUUACCCCGCAACCUAUCCAAAGUAUGAAAUACCACGUUAUGCAUAA